AUGUACACGAUGCAGAUCCUAUCUGGCCUCGGCUUGAUCGCAAGCCUAGCACACGCAACACCACGAGACCUUGGUGUAUCACGACAACAAGGAGGCCGCCCCAUCUGUACAGACGGUGGAGAAUUGCGCUGUUGCGGCGCGGUCUUCAAUGGCGACAAUGCACCAGUCGAAUUGCUCACCGAGCUCUCGUGCUACGAUCUCACACCGGCAACAACCAACUGUAUCCUCACCGAGACGACACCCGAUGCGGAUGGUAGCUGUCCUGGCUACUGGCAGUGCUGCCACGUCCUGCUGGACCCACUCCUUGGAUUGUACUGUGGACCACCACCAGGACCGUGCCAAGGCCAAGAAGCGCCGCCUCGAUGUCUGGAUAUAAUCAAUGGAAGAUUUGGGGUUUGUCCCGCGAGCAGUCCGUUGAAGGGCCUACUGGACACAGAUGGAAAGUACACGCCAGGCAGUGGCCGCUUUGUGGCUCACAAAGUGUCUGGUCCAGGGGGGGCCGGUGAGGAUCCUCUGACCGGGCUGGGUUUAGAUGGUUUGCUGCCGGGCAUUACUGGGCUUCUCAACGGAAGAGACUUGUCUUCCUUGGAUGGUGGUGAGGCAGAAGUACCAAGCAAAUAG